GCAUUUUCGUGUAAUUGUUGUUGUGGUGGAUGCGGUAUUUGAAUUUUGAAUAUAUUCGACUCACUGUUUCAACCAAGAUACCUAUAAGAAACGUUUCAACCAUAGAAAUAAAGAGUUUCAACCAAGGCCAUAUAUAGUUGCAGGUAUGGCUUAGCCGGCUUUCCGCUUUGGUAUAGUUCCAGUUUCAACCAUUUUAAAUUCAAAACAUUUCAAUCUAUGUCUAUGUCCGCACAAUUAUCACCGUGGAUGAAUCGCCACGGGCAGGAUGUUUUCUGACUUCUGAGGCAUCUGGGUUAAGUGUGGAGUCUGAAGCCAAUCUGUUGUGCUGACUGGAGCACAUAUUUAAGCAAGAAAAGUAAUCAUGUCACACAACUAUGUAGUGACAGCUCAGAAGCCCACAGCAGUAAACCACUGUGUGACAGGCAACUUCACAUCGCCAACUGACCUGAACCUGAUCAUGGCCAAAAACAACCGGCUGGAGGUGUUCAUUGUGUCACCCGAGGGUCUCCAGCCUGUGAAGGAGAUCGGCAUCUACGGCCUCAUCUCCGUCAUGAAACUCUUCAGACCUUGUGACGAGGAGAAGAACCUGCUGUUCAUCGUGACACAGCACUACAACGCUAUGAUCCUGGAGUGUGUCGGGCGCGGCGAGUCGCUGGAGAUUGUCACAAAGGUGCACGGCAACGUGGCAGAUCGGAUCGGAAAGCCGGCAGAGACGGGUAUCAUCGGCAUUAUCGACCCGGAGUCUCGGUGUAUCGCGCUGCGACUGUACGACGGUAUCCUGAAGAUCAUCCCGCUGGAGAAGGAGAGUGGCGAACUGAAGGCCUACAACAUACGGCUCGAGGAACUGACGGUGCAAGACAUCGAGUUUCUGUACGGCUGUGCCAACCCUACUGUAGUGUUGAUUCAUCAGGAUGCACACGGUCGUCACGUCAAGACACACGAGAUCUCGCUGAAGGAGAAGGAGUUUAUCAGGAGUCCGUGGAAACAGGAGAACGUCGAGCCGGAGGCGGCGAUGAUCGUACCCGUACCUGCGCCGCUGUACGGGGCUCUGAUCGUCGGCCAGGAGUCCAUCACCUACCACAACGGCAGCAGCUAUAUCACAGUGGCGCCGCCCAUACUCAAGCAGAGCACAAUGACCUGCUACGGCCGGGUGGACCCCAACGGCUGCCGCUACCUGAUGGGCGACAUGGCCGGCCGCCUGUUCAUGGUGCUGCUGGAUGGCGAGGAAAAGGAGGGCGCCGAGCGAGACAUACAGGUCGAACUACUCGGCGAGUGCAGUAUUCCAGAGUGUAUCAACUACCUGGACAACGGCGUGGUGUUCGUGGGCUCUCGGCUGGGCGACUCUCAGCUGGUCCAGCUCCGGGUGCAGCCCGACGAGAACGGCUCCUACCUGACCGUGCUCGACUCACACACCAACCUGGCGCCCAUCGUGGACAUGGUGGUGGUGGACCUGGAGCGACAGGGCCAGGGACAGCUGGUCACGUGCUCAGGAGCGUUCAAAGACGGCAGUCUACGGGUCAUCAGGAACGGCAUCGGCAUCCACGAGUUGGCCAGCAUAGACCUGGCCGGCAUCAAGGCCAUGUGGAGUCUGCGGGUGGGAGCCGGCGGAGACGGAGACGGAGACGGAGACGAGCUGUUUGACAAUACGCUCGUCAUCGCCUUCGUCGGAGAGACGCGAGUGCUGAGUCUGGUGGGAGACGAGGUAGAGGAGACGGAGAUUGCCGGUCUGGCCAGCGAUCAGCAGACAUUCUUCUGCAGUAACGUACAACACUCGCAGAUUCUCCAGGUGACGGCCAGCUCUGCGCGUCUGCUCAGCGACUCGACGGGCCGACUACUGAGUGAGUGGCGUCCGCCGGGCGGCCGAAACAUCUCCGUGGUCACGGCCAACACGUGCCAGCUGGCCUGCGCCGUCGGCAGCGACCUCUUCUACCUGGAGAUUGAGAGCGGAGAGGUUGUCCAAAAAAGUAUGACCACUCUGGAGCACGAGGUGGCCUGUAUCGACCUGACGCCGUCGGCCGGCCAACAGCGCGCUGAGCUGGCCGCCGUGGCCCUGUGGACCGACAUCUCGGCACGCACACUCUCCCUGCCGGCCCUGCAGCCGCUCUGUAAAGAGUGUCUCGGCGGCGAGAUCAUCCCCAGGUCCAUCCUGCUGGCCGAGUUUGAGGGCGUGCCCUACUGCCUGGUGGCCAUGGGUGAUGGCUCACUCUUUUACUUCCACGUACACCUCAAGAGCGGACUGCUGACAGAGAAGAAAAAGGUGACGCUGGGCACCCAGCCGACGGUGCUGCGCGCCUUCCGGCCCCACUCGACCAGCUCCGUGUUCGCCUGCUCCGAUCGGCCGGCCGUCAUCUACUCAUCAAACUAUAAGCUCGUCUUCUCCAACGUCAACCUGCGAGAGGUCAACCACAUGUGCACGCUCAACACGCGCGCCUACAGGAACAGUUUGGCGCUGGCCACCGACACCACGAUCACAAUCGGCGUGGUGGACGACAUUCAGAAGCUGCACAUCCGCUCCGUCAAACUGUACGAGUCGCCGCGGCGGAUCGCCUACCAGGAGUCCACUGAGACGUUCGGCGUGCUUUCGAUGCGUCUGGACGAGCAGGGCUCCAGCUGUCUGGUGGCGCCGCGACCGUCCGCCUCCACCGAGGCCAAAACCAUCACACAGUCGUCCAGCAGCCAGCUGCACCGGCCCUCACUGCAGCAGCUCGAGCAGGGACAGGAGGUGGAGGUGCACAGUCUACUCAUCAUCGACCAGCACACGUUCGAGGUGCAGCACGCGCACUCGUUUGUACCCUCCGAGUAUGCUCUCAGCCUGAUCUCGAUGAAGUUUGACAACGACCCGGCCUGCUACUUCGUGGUCGGCACCGCCUACGUCAACCCCGAGGAGUCAGAGCCCAAACAGGGUCGGAUCGUAGUGUUCCAGUACAACGACCAGAAGCUGAACCAGGUCUCCGAGAAGGAGAUCAAGGGCGCCUGCUACAGCCUGGCCGCCUUCAACGGCAAACUGCUGGCCAGUAUCAACAGCACGGUGCGGCUAUUCGAAUGGACGGCCGAGCAUGAGCUCCGACUCGAGUGCAGUCACUUCAACAACGUGGUAGCGCUCUACCUCAAGACCAAGGGCGACUUUGUGCUGGUCGGAGACCUGAUGCGAUCAAUCACUGCGCUACAGUACAAGGCCAUGGAGGGCAACUUUGACGAGAUGGCGCGCGACUUCAACGCCAAGUACAUGACGGCGGUGGAGAUUCUCGACGACGACACGUACCUGGGCGCCGAGAACAGCCACAACCUGUUCGUCUGCCAAAAAGACAGCGCUGCCACCACAGACGAGGAGCGGAUGCAGAUGCAGGAGGUGGGACGGUACCACGUGGGCGACAUGGUAAACGUGUUCCGACACGGCUCGCUGGUGAUGCAGGGAGUCACAGAGAGCAUGGCGCCCACCUCCGGCUGCGUGCUCUUCGGCACCGUACAGGGAUCCGUCGGUCUAGUCACCCAGCUGGAGCCCGAGUUUUACUCGUUCAUCUCGGAGCUGCAGCACCAGCUGACACGAGUCAUCCGGCCCGUCGGCAAAAUCGAACACUCGGCGUGGCGGGCCUACCGCUGUGAACGAAAGACGGAGCCGUGCGAAGGAUUCAUCGACGGGGACCUGAUCGAGAGCUUCCUGGACCUGAACCGGGACCAGAUGGCAGAGGUCGUCCGAGAUCUCAUGAUCACCGACUCGUCGAGCCAGCGGCGCGCCGCCACCGUGGAUGACAUCAUCAAGGCGGUGGAGGAGCUCACCAGGAUACACUGAGAGGCGCCGCCGGCCGCUGCUGCCACCCAGCGCUGUGACUUGUACCGAGCGAGGCCGCGCGCCCCGCCAGUGAAUUGUACAGGAGCGCGGCGGGACGGAACGGACUCACACAGACGGACUGCUUCAGGUGUCACCUGGGAUCACUGCUCGACGUUCAGAACUGCAGCUGUUGUCAUCCUCUCUUCAUUGAAGCUUCGCGUUUUGGACUACGAAAGAUCUGGUUUGUCAGCUGAAACGAUGACCUGUCCCGAGCUCGGUAAAGACGGCAGUGAUGUGAUUUUUGUGCCGCCGUUCCGUCUGCUCCAAGAGCUGCCAUUGCGGUGUUGUUGCGAAGACUGGGCGUGCUCAGCUGCCCCGCCCGCUGCGGGGAGGGGAGGGGGUGGGGAGGACAGGAGGCCCUCACUGGGACGGUAUCUGACCCGACUGCGCGUCCCGAGCUUCGCUGCCGCUGCGCUGCCCCGUGUUGACGACGUGUGAUGAAUAUACGUGUACCGAGUUGACAGA